ACCGCUGUCCACUGGUAGCGUGUGUUCUAAUCGACGUGGCGGCCAUGUUUCUUGUUAACAACAUUCCUGUGAGCUAAAAGUUGGUAGAUUCAAUCACCUUGAAGUUGAAAAUCAAGAUGUUAUUAUUAAAAUUUAUUGCAUCAAUAUGUCUGUUUAAAUCAUUUAUUGAAGCUGAUGAGCACGACCACUCGUACAAAGAAGAUGAGGAAGUUGUAGUUUGGAUGAACACAGUUGGACCAUAUCAUAACAGGCAAGAAACAUAUGAAUAUUUUUCAUUGCCAUUUUGCAAAGGAACAAAGAAAACAAUCAGCCAUUACCAUGAAACAAUUGGAGAGGCAUUGCAAGGGGUUGAACUUGAAUUUAGUGGCCUUGAUGUUGCUUUCAAAAAAGACAUCCCAGUGACAAAAUACUGCCAGGUGAACUUGGAUAAAGAAAACUACCAUGCUUUAUCAUAUGCAGUAAAGAACCAUUACUGGUAUCAAAUGUAUGUAGAUGACUUGCCAGUUUGGGGUAUUGUUGGAGAGAUUGGGGAGACAGAUGACGAACUAUACAUUUGGACCCACAAAAAGUUUGAUAUAGGAUAUGAUGGAGGCAAGAUUGCAGAUAUAAACUUGACCAGUGAAGCAAAAGUCAAACUUGAACCAGGAAUCAGUCUUCCAUUUACGUACCAGGUGAAGUGGAAGCCAUCUGCCAUUGGGUAUGCCAACAGAUACGACAAAUACCUAGAUCCUGGCUUUUUCCAACACCGCAUUCAUUGGUUUUCGAUUUUCAACUCUUUCAUGAUGGUCAUCUUCCUCGUUGGCCUUGUCAGCAUGAUACUCAUGCGUACUUUGAGAAAGGAUUAUGCAAGAUACAGUAGAGAAGAGGACCUUGAUGAAAUGGAACGCGAUUUGGGCGACGAGUAUGGCUGGAAGCAAGUGCAUGGUGACGUGUUCAGAUCACCCCCGUCGUCAUUGUUUUUCACCUCAUUGAUUGGCACUGGCUAUCAGCUGGCAGCGGUGCUUAUGAUCGUUAUCAUUUUCAUUAUCAUGGGAGACCUCUAUGUCGGGCGUGGCUCUAUUCUCAGCACUUCAAUAUUUGUCUAUGCUGCAACAAGCCCAGUCAACGGGUUUUUCGGUGGCUCGCUAUAUUCAAGAUUAGGCGGAAAAGAAUGGAUAAAGCAGAUGGUAGUGAGUGCUUCCUUGCUGCCAAUGUUCGUCUGUAGCACUGCUUUCAUGAUCAACUUUAUUGCCAUUUACUACCAUGCAUCAAGGGCCAUACCUUUUGGUACAAUGGUUGCAAUCGCUUGCAUCUGCUUAUUCGUUAUUUUGCCUUUGAAUUUGGUUGGGACAGUUCUCGGCAGAAACAUCUACGGACAACCAAAUCACCCGUGCCGUGUAAACCCUGUUCCGCGUCCAAUUCCGGAUAAAAAAUGGUUCAUGGAGCCAAGUAUGAUUAUCUGGUUAGGUGGCAUUCUUCCGUUUGGCUCUAUUUUUAUUGAAAUGUAUUUCAUAUUCACCUCGUUCUGGGCUUACAAGAUUUACUACGUGUAUGGCUUCAUGCUGCUUGUGUUCCUCAUACUAGUCAUUGUCACUGUCUGCGUCACUAUCGUUUGCACCUACUUCCUUUUAAAUGCUGAAGAUUACAGGUGGCAAUGGACGAGCUUUCUUUCUGCUGCAUCUACUGCUGGUUAUGUCUACCUCUAUUCAAUUUAUUACUUUUUCUUCAAAACAAAGAUGUACGGUUUGUUUCAAACGACUUUUUAUUUCGGCUAUAUGGCAUUAUUUAGUACAGCUCUUGGUAUAAUGUGUGGUACCUUUGGAUAUUUAGGUACAAGUGCAUUUGUAAGAAAGAUAUAUUCAACAGUGAAAAUCGAUUAGGGAUAGAGCAAAGAUUCUUCUGGAAGGGUGCCAGAAAGUGUGCACAAAACAGACGAAGCUGUGUCGUAUCAUCAAUGUAUAUUUGGCUGCAUACAGGACCGACGCACUCUAGCAAACGAGAGACAGCUUAGAGUAUUUUCCAAUUGUCUUUAAAGGAGCUUUGUAGAUUAAAUUGUGUAAAGUAUUAAUUUUUUGCACAAAAUCCCCAUCAUUAACUAUAGAAGCAUGAAAGCAUUAACCUGAAAUUUUAAGGACUUUAGAGAAUGAAAUAAUAAAUAGUUGUUACUGUGAUUUGAAAAACAUGUUUUGAAAUUCCUCAUUAUCUCAAACAUUUUAAUGUUGUUUCGCGUGUUUGUGAUUCGCUCGCCUUUUUGUCUUGACUUGUAUUCACAAACGACGCAGUUUUCGGAAACUUGCACCUUUAACAUUGUCAUUUAUUCGCUUAUCGUAUCUUAGUUAUAAUGAUAAGGCCUAAACUAUA